GGAAGAUAAAAUAAAAUAAAUAUAUUGAAAAGAACUAGGAAGUUGCUUCUCCUAAAGUGCAAAACUGCUUUGCUUUCUCUUGCAAUCAGAGAACAGAGGAGGGCGGAGUUUCCCUCCCGGAGGAAGAGCUGGAAACGGAUUUACAGAGCAGCUCUCUUUUCCUUUUCCUGGUGUCAUGGCUGAACCCAGCAAAGGCCCGCUGGCCCGGACGGUUUUGCAGCAGUGCCGUCACGCUAGGCUGCAGGUGAAGCCUCCCGAACAGGGCUCCGAAGCCGAGUGGGUGGAGAUCCAGCGAGGACUUAUCAUAUAUGUAUGUUUCUUCAAAGGGGCCAGUGAAGAAAUUACAUCUAAAAUGGUCAAUACACUCUUGAAUGUGAAGUUAAGUGAAAUUGAAGGUGGGAAAUAUGUUUCUAUUCUGGAUUUGCCAGGAGACAUCUUAAUAAUACCUCAGGCCACACUGGGUGGUAAAAUAAAGGGAAGAGGCAUGCAAUAUCACUCCAAUAUUGAAAAGGACAUUGGGCUGGCACUCUAUUCCCAGUUUGUGGUUCAGUGUGAAAGAGAACUGGCUGCUAAUGCCAAGUGUUUCGAGGCUGGUGUUAUUCUCAGGCAUGGCACAUAUGGAAACCGGCAAGUGCUGACGGUGGAUACAAAUGGACCUUUCACUCAUAUGAUUGAAUUUUGACAUUUUUAAGUAAGACAUAUAGUCUGACAAAUACAGUACUAUUGUGCCGAUAGGCAGCAAUAUAGUUAAUUUCAUUCAGAUGUUUGAGAGAAAUGAAAAGGCUUCAGUAAAUGAAUAUCAGGUUAAAUAAAUGUUACUGCUUUAUGAUAAGUAUUCUCAAUCUGUCUUCUUCCUUUAUAUAGUCAGGAAUAUAAUUCCUGAUUUAUGAUAAAUGGAGCUUGACCAGGAGAUUGCUAAUUUUUGAUGCAAAGCUACUAAUCGUGACAUUUCUUUUUCCCUUCUCACUCCCUAAUUUCCUUCAUGACUACAUAGUCUUCAAUGCUAUUAGGAUAUCCGUGGUUGGAAUCAAUAUUGUUGUAAAACAACCCACACUUUAAAUAUCAGAUAUUAAUCCAAUACUGUCAGUUAACAAAACUGGAAAAUCCAGAACUGACAUAUAUGACUUAUUGAUGACUGUUUCGCUGUUAUAAAAAGAAAUUAUAAAUUCAAAAUUAAGCAAUAUUAAGAAGCUUUUCCAACAAUGGGGUGAUUUACAAACGCCUAAAUACAAAUAACUAUUACAUAGAGAACCUUUCUGGUAUAGUGGUUUUAGUGUUUGACUAGAAUUCUGGGAGUCCGGGGUUCAAAUUCCCAGUUAGCCAUGGAAACCUGCUGAGUUACCUUGGGCAGUCACAUUUUCAACCUCAGAAGAAGGCAAUGGGAAAACUCCUCUGAACCAUAUUGGAUUCCCCUUGAGGCUAUUGUAAGUUGAAAAUUACUUGAAGGCAUCCCUCUCUGAAUGUCUCUGGAGAAGUGUGAUGAAAAUAAUCAAAGGAAUGAGGAAUGGUUAUGGAAGCUGGGUGCGGUGGGGAAGGCUCAGGGGGGACAUGAUAGCUGUGAUGCCUCAUGGGCCUUGUAGUCCUGUUCCUAGUACUAUUGUGGCAGAUGAAGAUGAAAACAUGGGGUUUUCGCCGGUUCAACAAGAGCUGGAGUCUCUUCACCUGCCGGAUAUUGACGUUUGCCCUCAAGAAUUCAGUAAACCAGGCCUUGGGCAGUACUCCCCUCCGUUUCCCAGGAAGGAAUCUUAUUCUAAAGACAGGGGAGUCAGAGAAGCUAAUCGGAGAAGUCUAAGAAUCGCUGCCAAACAAAUGGCUGAUUAGGUCUGCUUCCCUUGGGAAAUUCUAAGGAGUCUUGCAUCUGGACAGAGUUGGGUUUCGCUUCUCGUUCUCUAGGGAAAGAGAUUGUUGGCGGGAAAACGAGACCCAAUAUAGGGGUUUGGCGCGAGAGAUUCCUUGCGGAGUCAAUUGAUCAGCUUCAGGAGAGAGAUCGUGUGUGGACUUCGUAAUCCCAGUUCCUUGCUUCCCGGAUCGAGUUUCAAGCCUUGCCCAGCCUUGCUGUUUAACCACGGACCCUGCUCCAUGCUUCACGUUUUGCCUUGUCUCCAGUCUCGGACCUAGCCAAGAAUCAAGUUUAUUUCCAGCCUUGUUGUCAAGUUUCAAUGGACUUCUAAGACUCUGACAUUUCCCCACACUAUUGCUUGGCAAGAGUGUGUGUUUCGGUCAAGUGGAUUAAAACUUUGAACUCUAAUAUCAUUUAUUGGACAAUACAUUUUUGGACUAUAUUUGACCUCUUUUGAAAGGUCUGUUUCUGAACUAUAUUCUUCACUUGUUUUUAUUGAUUUUAUAUAUUUCUUUAAUAAAGAUAUUAGAUAGAGA